AGCUCUCCUUCCAGCAUGGCCACAGACGCCCCUAUGGACGGUCCUGUGCCUGCGAAAAUCGCUUCCCCCGCUCCGAACACACUCCCCGCGCUUCUGACAACUGUUCUUGACGAAACUGGUCGCGCUGAACCGCGAAUGACU